UGUUAAUUGUAGGUUCCAUGCUUGUUUGGUAUCUAACUUGAACGUAAUGUGCACCAGGAUACCUUGUGAUUAUAAAGGUCAAAACUUGGCAAUUCGCGUGGAAGAAACUAGUAAAAACCCUGGCUAUUUGGCUAUCAAUAUUCUCUACCAAGGUGGUCAAACCGAGAUUGUUGCAAUUGAUAUUGCUCGGGUUGGUUCAACAAAUUGGUCAUUCAUGAAUAGGAAGUACGGAGCAAUUUGGGAAACAACCAAGUAUCCGGGCCCUGGUCCAUUACAGUUCAGAUUCGUCGUGACAUCGGGCUUCGAUGGCAAGAACGUUUGGGCUCAAAAUGUUUUACCUGCAAACUGGAAGGCAGGAGUCACAUAUGAUUCUAAAGUUCAAAUUGAUGACAUUGCAUUACAAGGUUGCACCCCUUGUGCUGAUAGCCACUGGAAUUAGUCUCUCUACUUAAUUAUUUCAUCAUCUGUAUAGGACUUUAAAUUUCUGAUUUUUUUUUUUUUUGGCCUAUUAGCAAAGUAGAUUGAUUAUUUUUAAACAUAAGUUUGUUAUCAACUAAUAAAAUUACUCGGAAUUAUUUGUUUCUA